UGACUGGUUCAGUGGAGUCACGUGACAAGUGUCGGAACAGGAAGUAAUAGGAACGACUAAAGCAGGUGUUUAUGUAUUAUACCAUCUAUCCAAGGUGUGGAUUAAAUAUGGGAAUGGAGAUUGUAGUUUGAGUGUCUUUUUGUGAAAUCUGAAGUCAAACAUAUUCUGAACCCUGCCCAGGUUUAGAAGCUUAGCUGAUAUUUAAAUAACAAUGGAGACACGCUUUACACGAGGCAAGUCUGCUAUAUUGGAGCGGCCUUUCAGUCGGCCAAAGACCGAAGUGAGUGUGAGCGCCUUCGCCUUGCUGUUCUCGGAGAUGGUGCAGUACUGCCAGAGCCGGGUGUACUCUGUGACCGAGCUGCAGGCUCGUCUGUCCGACCUGGGUCAGAGGGUGGGAGGCAGCCUGCUGGACGUGCUGGUGCUGAGAGAAAAGAAUGGCAAGAGGGAGACCAAAGUCCUGAACAUACUUCUAUUUAUUAAGGUGUCCGUGUGGAGAGCUUUGUUUGGCAAGGAGGCAGACAAGCUGGAACAGGCCAACGAUGAUGACAAGACCUAUUAUAUCAUUGAAAAGGAGCCCUUAGUCAAUACAUUCAUCUCUGUCCCCAAGGACAACAGCACCUUGAACUGUGCAGCAUUCACUGGAGGAAUUGUGGAGGCUAUCCUUACACACAGUGGCUUCCCCGCUAAGGUCACAGUGCACUGGCACAAAGGCACCACGCUCAUGAUCAAAUUCGAUGAGGCGGUGAUUGCCAGAGACAAAGCACUGGAGGGCAAAUAGGGAAAAUACACGAGGAUAAAAGAUUGAGAUGGUGUGUAUUUGUGUGACAUGAUUACAGUUUAAGUUCAUUGAGGAUUGUAAUUCACUGAUACACAAGACCCUAUUCAAAAUGAUUAGAAGAGAAGAACUGCAGACAACAAUAUUGUAUAUAUAAUAUAAUUUUCUUGAUUAUUAUCACGUUCAAAAACAUGUGGAAAACAUUUAAGGAUUCAAAGUUUACUCCUACAGUACAAAUAGGCACAUCAUUUCAUUUGCAAAGCUGGAACUACUCUACUAUUUUUUUCACAGAUCUUAUCGGGUAAUAACUUUUUACCUUUGUAUUACAGGAUCACCCAAACACAAGUUAACAUUGACAUGAGUCAAGUAGGUCAGCCUCACUGGCGUAUAAGUGAAAUCUUGCAACUAAAGAAUUAUGGUUGGCAACUGUGUUGCUGAAAAAAACAUCUAUUUGUGUUUUAUUCUGUUUAAAUAAAUAUGUGAGGUUA